CGCCCAUUGUAAUGUGACAGUUCGUGGCUGUCAGUUGACUGUCAGUGAGUUAAAAUUCUUGUUAAAACAAGGUGCUCAGUACUCGUUUGUAAUCAUUAUUCUUUGUUGUGCUAGCGUUAUCUACGCUUUAAUCAACCAGAUAACAAAAUGCCAGCUCCGGCAGCUGCUGAAAAUGGGGCUCCCCGCACCGAACUUCAAGAAUUACAAAUAAAGGCAUCACAAGUUACAGAUGAUUCCCUUGAGAGUACACGGCGGAUGCUGGCCCUUUGCGAAGAGAGCACGGAAGCUGGAGGCCAGACCGUGGAAAUGCUGCAACGUCAAGGCGAGCAAUUGGACCGGAUUGAAGAUGGAAUGGACCAGAUUAACACCGAUAUGCGCGAAGCCGAGAAAAAUUUAACUGGAAUGGAAAAAUGUUGCGGACUUUGUGUACUUCCAUGUCAAAAAGGUUCAUCUUUUAAAGAAGAUGAAGGUACUUGGAAAGGUAACGACGAUGGAAAAGUCGUAAACAAUCAACCUCAACGAAUGAUGGACGAUCGUAACGGUGCCGGUCCUCAAGGUGGAUAUAUCGGUCGUAUCACUAACGAUGCUCGCGAGGAGGAAAUGGAAGAGAACAUGGGUCAAGUAAACACAAUGAUCGGCAAUUUACGUAAUAUGGCCAUCGAUAUGGGCUCAGAAUUGGAGAACCAGAACAGACAAAUCGAUCGUAUUAAUCUCAAGGGCGAGAGCAACGAAACUCGCAUCGCCGUCGCUAACCAGAGGGCCAACAAGCUCCUGAAAUCGUAAAAAGGGGGGCGCCUACGUACGUCACUCAAAUUUUUUUUCGUUGUCGAGGAGGAUGACGUCGAACAAAAAAAAACCAAUUUUAUACUCUACUUCACUUUUGACAUGUAUUAAAAUUUUCUCUCUCUCUGUAUAAUCUACUAGUAGGUAUCUCAAUGUUUUUUGCUUAGCAAAAGGGGGAUGAUGAAAAAAUAAAAAUUAAUAUUGAAACGAAAAAUUUACAAACAGAAAAUUAAUUAAUAGGAUAAAUGAAAUAAAAUAACUCUAGUCUCUUAAAUAGGACGCUAUAAUAAUUAUUAAAAUGAUUAUUAGCUUUAGAGUAGGUUGGAUAAAAUAGUUAAAAAAAUCCCUAUUCUUUUUGGGACAUUUGGCUUCCAAAAAAAUAGAUUAAAAAAACUACUUUAAUUAAUCGGUUAAUUAAUUAAUUAGGGCUUGUUAUUUAUUACAAAUAAAUGUAAAUUGUUAAAAUUCAUUAAUUACUUGGACUACCUUAAACGAGAAGAUUUUAAUUUAUUUUUUAAUCUUAAUCUGUUUUUUGUGCUGGUUAUUUUAUUUUUUAUUUGUAUUUUGGUGUUUGUAAAAGCAAGUUCAUGUUUGUAAUAAUAAUAAUAACAUUAACGAUUGUGAUACUUUUAAUUUAUAAACGUAUAGUUAAAAAAAAUUAAUGGAGUUUGUAAAAUUUUGCUUAAAAUUGUGAAAGAAUAGAAUAUGUAAAAAUAUCUUAAACUAUAAACUUUUGGUUAUUUUAAAUGCAAAAUGUUAUGUUUUAUUUAUUAAAUGCGUAACCAUUUCAGUUAAACAAAUCAAAUUUUAUAUAUUAACUAAAAUUGACAUCACAAACAUUGUUUUAAAGUGAAAAGAACCACAAGGAUAUUUUUUAAUAUUAUACCUUUCUUUUCAAACGUCAUUACUUUAUUAAUGACUUGUUCUUAUAUUUAAGAGAAAAGUAUUUCUCACCCUGAUUGGGAUGAUUAUUCGUACCUUCAACCCCUAAUCAUACAAAAUCCAAUCGAAAUUCAUAACAUAUUGUAAUGAUAUAUUCAUUAAUUUAACACAAUUCACUUAAUAUUCAUAUUGCAAUGUUUCCAGAAAAAGUUAUUUACACCAAAGCC